AUUACAACACAUGCUCUCUAAACACAAAUACACUUUCAUAAUUUCAUUCAUAUAUUUUUCAUUACAACAUUCUUUACGUCUUAACCUUCUUAUUCUUCUGCCAUCACUGACUUCAAUAACCAAUUCUUUUCAUUUUUUUUUUCUCUUUCUUUUGUUCCAAUAAGUCACAUGAAUAAUCACUUCUUCUUAAUGGUUACCAAAUCCAGAGAGACAACACCCUUUAUAUUCUAUUUUUCUCUCUUUUGACACCUCAUUUUUCAUUCUUUCAUAUCCUAAUCUUCCUCUCUAAGUUUUCUUCUUCAUUAUAAAACCAAUAUCAAGAUCUUUUUUCUUUUCUUCUUUAUCUUCAUAUUUCUUGAAUUCUUUUCUCAUCUCUGCCACCUUAAAAAAUGUUUGAAUUAUUGAAGCCAAAAAACAACACAAAAUGCAAAACAUGCUUGAAGUUGAUAAAGAUGAGGUUAGAGACUAUAAGGAAGAAGAAGAAUGCAGUGCAGAAAUUUCUGAAGAAUGAUAUUGUUGAUCUUCUCAGGAAUUCUCUUGAUUACAAUGCAUAUGGAAGGGCUGAAGGAUUUUUGGUGGAGCAAAACAUGGCAGCUUGCUACGAACUCAUCGCGAAGUUUGUUGAAUGCAUGUUGGGUCAUGUUCGAGACCUUUUUAAGCAAAGUGAUUGCCCUGAUGAGUGCAAAGAAGCUAUACCAUCUUUGAUAUAUGCUGCUGCAAGGUUUUCUGAUCUUCCUGAACUACGCGAAUUGAGAACUUUGUUUCAAGAGAAAUUCGGAAAUACUCUUGAACCUUACACAAGUAAAGAGUUUAUCGAGAGAUUGAGGCAAAAUCCUCCUUCAAAAGAAAUGAAGAUCCAACUAUUGCAUGAUUUAGCUCAAGAUUUCUCCAUUGAAUGGGAUAGGAAGGCUUUGGAGCAAAGACUAUAUUCGCCAAUUUCACAUCAGGAGAAAGAGAAGCCUAAACAUGACGAUCAACUUUUGCAGGAGAAAGAGAAGCCUAAAUAUGAUGAUAAACUUUUGCAGGAGAAUGAGAAGCCAAAACAUGAUGACCGACAAAAGGAUAACGGUGAACUGAAAUUGCAAAAGAACGUUAAUGAUGACAACAUCAACUAUGACGAUCCUUGGUGGAGGAUGCUAAGAAGAACCGACAGUGAAACUACUACUCCUGAUAGGUCAUCCAUUGAUGACCAAAAGGCUUGUUCAAGUUCAAUAGAAACUGCAUCUGAGGACGACGAAGCAGAAAUUAAGAGACCAUUUUCGUAUAAAUCUGUUCCACCACCUUAUAUCAAAACACAUAAAGUUGAAAACAAUUUGAUGAAAUCACCAGAAGCUCUAACUGCAGAAAAGCCGGUACCAAGAUCGGUUAGAAGGAGACCUCUCAGACCACCACCGGAGGAAAACAUAGUUAAAGAUUUUUCUAAAACCGGUGGCUCAUUUGACGAAAAAGAGAUAUUAGAUGGACUUUUAAUGCAACAGAUUUUGAAACAAUCUCCUAAUGAUAAGGAACAAAAGAGAAGGUAUAGAAAAUCAAGUUCAAGUGUUCCAACAACUAUGAGAGGAAAAUCUCUUCCUCAAAGAGCUACUUCCUUAGUACCUGAAUUGUUGAGGACAACAUCAGAAGUUUCAGGACAUGUUCAUCCUAGUCUACCUGAUUAUGAGGAUUUGUCGGCUCGUUUAGCAUCUCUCAGAAGAACAUGAUAAAUCAAUGAUAUUCUGUCACUUUUGUUAUUCAUUCUCCAUUGAGUACUGUAUAUACUCUUUCUUGUUAUCCAUUCUCCAUUGACCCAAUGAGUAUGUACAAUUUAAAGCUGAGACCUUGUUACAAGCUAUAAAUCGCCAAUGCUCUCGAUCCUUCAAUUCAAACAUUUGUAAUUCUAAUGCAA